UAAAAAAAAAAUUACGACUUCUAGCUUCUCAUCCAUGGCACCACCCGAUUCUGUGAAAAUUCUGGAGCUCUGCCAAGUUGCCCCAGCCUGCAGCUCAACUAAUCCUUCAAACACUGAGUUCACUCUCCCCCUCACUUUCAUGGAUAUCAUUUGGCUCAAAUUUCCUCCAGCCGAGAGCAUUUUCUUUUAUGAACUCGCCGAGUCAAGUCCUGCUGUUUUCAAAUCAUUUAUCCUUCCAAAACUCAAAAAAUCACUCUCUCAUGCGCUCCUCAAUUUUCUUCCACUAGCUGGCAAUCUCAUAUGGCCUCAAGAUUCUCCUAAACCCAUAAUCUUAUGCACUCCAAAUGAUGCAGUUUCACUAACCAUUGCCGAGUCCAGUGCAGAAUUCGGUCGUCUCUCGAGCAAUGAAAUUCGUGAAGCUGUUGAGUCACGUCCUUACAUACCCGAGUUGUGUGUAUCUGACACCAAGGCUUCAGUUCUUGCUUUGCAAAUAACAUUGUUUCCUCAUAAAGGGUUUAGCAUAAGCUUCGUUACCCACCAUGCAGUUCUUGAUGGGAAAACUACGGCCAUGUUCAUUAAGGCUUGGGUUUAUAUAUGCAAACACCAAGAACUUGAAAAAAAUGAUCAACCACCCUUGUUGCCUGAUGAGUUAAUCCCUUCUUUUGAUAGGUCGAUUAUCAAAGAUGUAGCUGGGAUUGAGACGGCACACUUGAAUUACUGGUCAGUAAUGAACGAGUUGGUUCUGAAGUCCGAUCGUAGAAGUUUGAAGGUGUUGCCAAACAUGGGAGAGUCAGGGCCAUCCGACUUAGUUCGAGCCACCUUUGGGUUGUCUCGUGAAGACAUAAAGUUCCUAAGGAAAAAAGUGCAGUCCCAGUUCGAUAGCAUCCUCAAAGAAGAGCAAAACCAUUCGAAACAAAUGCAUUUGUCGACCUUUGUGCUCACAUGUGCUUACACUUUAGCUUCCAUGAUGAAAGCAAUAGGGGAUGGUAGUAAAAACGUUUACUUCUUGUUCACUGUGGAUUUGAGGAGCCGAUCACUGGACCCUCCAAUUCCAAACAAUUAUUUUGGUAACUGUAUUGCUGGCCAACACGUUGCCGCUGAAGCAAGAAUUUUUAUGGAAGAAAAUGGGGUUGCCAUGAUAGCAGAGAGGAUUAGUGAAAUUAUAAAAGGAAUGGAGAUCAGGGGAUUUUUUGAAGGAGCUAAGGAGAGGCUAGUUGAACUGGCUUCUUUAGAACCAGGAACACAUUGCCUUGGGGUUGCUGGAUCGACCCGUUUUGAUUUUUACAGGUCAGAUUUCGGUUGGGGAGAGCCCAAGAAGGUGGAGAUUGCAUCCAUAGACAGGACAAGCUCUAUUUCUCUGUUAGAGAGCAGAGAUGGAAUAACAGGAGGUGUUGAGAUUGGUCUGGUUUUAAAGAGGCAUGAAAUGGAGACUUUUGCUUCUCUAUUUGUUAAUGGCCUAAAAGAUUAUUAAAGUUGCAUUUGUUUCU